GGAGGAGGUUUAAUGAGAAGAGAAUGUUCUGUGCUUGGGCUAUUGUAGUGGGUGCCUGGUGCAUUUUUGUGGCUUCCACCGAAGAAGAGAGAACCAGAAAGACUAGGUGAUGGAGGGAGGUUGAAUGAUUGUGUGUCAAGAGAGGGGACGUUAAGGUAGACUGCUGCUUCAAGAGCUCUGGCACUCUGUACAAAAAAGCCCUUGAGUCCAGAAAUCAUCUCCAAAGGCAUUUCUCACAAGAACAGCUUCGACAAAAAGGGGAGGCUGAAACCAAUUCCGAGAGUAAAUAAACACAGAGAGUGUUUUCAGCAUGUUUCCUGUGUCAAGGCAUCUACAGCACUGACUGGAUCAGAAAUAGGAAACAACUGUCCUGUUGAUGCAACAGUAGAUUUUUUUUCUGUGUGCAAUGUCAUAAAAAGAUCUUUCCCUGGAGCAUCGUAACAGCCACGGAAGACAGAAAAGAAAGAAGACACAGGAAAAAAGGAAAACCUGGAGGAGGGAAAGAAAUAAUCCUACGACAGCCUUACUUGGGAGCUUGUUUUGUAGCCUGUUUUUCAGUACAGUGCUCUGUUCUUUUUUUUACUUUCAUCCAUCUGUGUCCAGGGAUGGGCUGGCUGCUGAGUAUGGGCUACCUGGCUGUAGUGGUGGCUGUAGCAACUGGCACAGAGAAGAGGAAGCACCAGGUGCAGCAUGGCCCCUGUAGCUACACAUUCAUCCUGCCAGAGGUGGAGCAGUGCCCAUCACCUGGAAACUUCCGGGUGAGCAAGUCCCUGCAGAGAGAUUCACCCUUACCCCCUGAUGUUGCCCAGACUGAGAAAAAGCUUGAAAGCCUGGAGAGUGCCACUGAGAACAACACACUGUGGCUGCAGAAGCUGGAGAGUUACAUCCAGACGAAUAUGCGUUCAGAGAUGGUGGAGAUGCAGAGAAAUGCCAUGAACACCCAGACAGCCACCAUGCUGGAGAUAGGAACCAAUCUCCUCAGCCAAUCAGCAGAACACACACGGAAACUUACAAAUGUGGAGACCCAGGUGCUGAACCAAACAAGUCGACUAGAGAUCCAGCUGUUGGAGUAUUCUCUCUCUACCAAGAGACUGGAGAAGCAACUCCUGCAGCAGACUCAAGAGGUGUCUCGCCUAAAUGACAAAAACAGCUACCUGGAGCAGCGCUUCACAGCCUUGGAGGCCAGACACAGCCAGGAGCUGCAGGCUAUCCAGGAGGAAAAGCAACAGCUGCAGGAGCUUCUGGAAAGGCAGAGUCGCAUGGUCACUGUGCUUGAGAGACAGCUGGCCACCUCCACACGCAACAGCACACUGUUCCAGCAUCAGCAAGCUACUCUCUCAGAAACACUGCAGCAGCUACUGGCCAUGAUCGCCCAGUGCAAUGAUAUUACUAGCCUGUCUAAGGCGAAGACAGUGAUUUUCAGAGACUGUGCCGACAUAUACAAGUGUGGAAUUACAGAGAAUGGAAUAUACAACAUUCAUCUCGCUAACAGUACACAGACAGUUAAGGUAUUCUGUGACAUGAAGACUAGAGGAGGAGGUUGGACUGUCCUUCAGCAUCGCUUUAAUGGUUCAGUGGACUUCCACCGGAACUGGAAAGAUUAUAAAACAGGAUUUGGAGACCCCUCAGGAGAGCAUUGGUUAGGAAAUGAUGUCAUUCACCUGCUCACCACAUCCAGAGACUACACUCUGCAGGUCCAGCUCAAAGACGAAGAUGGAAACCAGGCCUACUCUCAGUAUUACCGUUUCUACAUCAAUGGAGAGGAAAAGAAAUAUAGCAUUCAUGCUGAAGGUUUCAGUGGUACAGCAGGUCGGACCAGCAGCCUAACCCACUCGGGCACCAUGUUUAGCACAAAGGAUCAAGAUAAUGACCGCUGCAGCUGCAAGUGUGCUCAGAUGGCCUCUGGAGGAUGGUGGUUUGAAGCCUGUGGACCAUCCAACUUAAAUGGCAUUUACCACACUGGAAUUUCCAGUGUGAUGCGCUACAAUGGGGUCAAGUGGUACUAUUGGAAAGGGCCAAACUCCAUAAUAACCAAAACCACUAUGAUGGUACGUCCUGUGGAUUUCUAAAAAUAAAUGUCGUGGACACAUUUAGCUCUUCACACAGCAACAUUCCCAAGUUUAAUUAAGAUGCUCAUUUGUAUCCAGCUGCACUUACAUAAACACUAUGUGUUAAUUCAACAUUAGGGAAUCUGUGACAUAGACAUCGAAUGAGUGCCAGAAAGUUGUUGACACAGCUGAGACUCACUGACAUUUUAUGCAUUUUUGGAAUUUGUGAAACACUAUAUGAUUUAAUCUAUCUUGUUUGUUCUGUGCUGGCAAAAAAAUGGACCCAGCUGGUUCAUCAGUAUAUUAUUUCCCUGUAUAUAAAACCUCAUGCAGUGAAGAAUAAAAAGGACUACAAUUUUA